CUCCUCCUACUCACCUCCUCUACUUCUCUUAACGUGCAUUUGCUUGCUCGUUGUCCACUCCUUUAUCCCUUUCCGAUCUAGCAUUCUUCAACAUGUCUUCGAGAUAUUCGUUACGCGCCACUCCUAGAAAAAAAGAGCUCUUCAGCGGCAUGGUCGAGACUCCCGCCCGUCGCGCGACGCGACGCACGUCGCAGUUCCUUCCCGUCGACGGCGCGUCCGACGACGGGGACUCGAGCUCAGCCGCCGAAACCGUCACAUCGACCCAGUCCCGACCGCUCCGACGCCGAGGUGUCGGAAAGUUCAUCGAGAACCUCGACGACUCUGACCAUAUCGCGCCCAAGGAAGAGGAGUUUAGCCCGGUGGACGACGAGAAGCUCUCCUCCGUCCUGCGCGCCGAGCUGAAUGGGCAUCGGCAGAACGGCCACACCAAUGGUCACGAAAAGGGACACUUGAAUGGACACACGAAUGGGCACGCCAAUGACCACACCAACGGGAACGCGAAAGAGCACGUCGUCGAUGGCUGGAAGCCCGGCAUGGAUCCCAAGGUCGACCACUCGGGCGUCUUCGAAUUCGGAGGCAGCUUGGGUACUCUCGCCCUCAUGCUCGGAUUUCCCACGUUGAUGUACUACAUGUGGAUCGGUGCCACCUACUACGGCGGCAAGCUGCCUCUGCCCGAACGCGGCCAGUCCCUCGCCGAGUUCGGCCAGCACCUCGGCCAUCUCAUCUACACCGGCGCCUUUCCCCACCUGCGAGCAUGGAAGAUCUACUGGGUUUACUUCGUUUUCGAGGCCGCAUGCUACUGUCUGAUGCCCGGCGUCUGGUAUGAGGGGAAGCCGCUUCCUCACAAAGGAGGCCAGAAGCUUCGCUACUACUGCUCCGCUUACACCAGCUUCUACUUCACCAUCCUCGUCAUGGGUGCGCUGCACUUCUCUGGCCUGUUCAAGAUCAACACCUUCCUCGAUGAGUUCGGCCCCAUACUCUCCGUCGCCAUCAUCUCCGGUUACUUGUGUGCCUUUGUUGCCUACUUUUCGGCCUUGAUUCGCGGCGCUCAACAUCGCAUGACGGGCUACCCGAUCUAUGACUUCUUCAUGGGUGCCGAGCUGAAUCCCCGCAUGUUCGGUAUCCUCGAUUUCAAGAUGUUCUACGAGGUUCGCAUCCCGUGGUACAUCCUGUUUGGGCUCAGCUGCGGCGCUGCGGCUCGCCAGUACGAAAAUUACGGCUACGUCUCGGGCGAGGUCAUGUUCCUGAUCAUGGCGCACUUCCUCUACGCCAACGCUUGCUCCAAGGGCGAGCAUUUCAUCGUCACUACUUGGGAUAUGUACUACGAGAAGUGGGGAUUUAUGCUCAUCUUCUGGAACAUGGCUGGAGUCCCCCUCUCGUACUGCCACUGCACCCUGUAUCUCGCCAAUCACCACCCGUCGGAAUACGCCUGGAAUAAGUACGCUCUGGCCGCCUUUGCUGUCCUCUAUCUUGGCGUAUAUACCGUCUGGGACCAGGCCAACGCGCAGAAAAACGCGUUUCGUUCUAGGGAGCGCGGCAACCUCAAGAAGCGGUACACCUUCCCGGUCCUCCCGUGGAUCUACCUCGAGAACCCAAACACCAUCGAGACGCAGACGGGCGACAGGCUCCUCGCCGACGGCUGGUACGGGUACGCGCGCAAGCUACACUAUACCUGCGACGCCUUCUUCGCCAUCAGCUGGGGGCUAAUCACGGGCUUCCAGAGCCCUUUCCCUUGGUUCUACCCCGUCUUCUUCUGCUGUAUGAUUACCCACCGCGCUCUGCGUGACAUCGAGCGCUGCCGCAACAAGUACGGCGAGGCCUGGAAGGAAUACGAGAGACAGGUGCCAUAUCUUUUCAUCCCAUACGUAAUUUGAAUGUUUACGAAGAGUUCGCGAUAGGCCCACCUUUUCGCACUACUAUCCCGCAGUUAUCCCCAUUUCGCAUCCUAGUUCUCGCCUACCAACCAAUUCACACGACGGAAGCUUCCCCGAUCCCGGGUUGGGUGCCGUCGAUGACUCUUCUAUGUACAUAUAUACAUACAUUCUGGCACAUUCCUGUCCAGUCUUAUGACAUUACUUGCCGUACGUUCUUGUUAUAAUACGGUGGUAGAAUAGACGGACGCCGUCGACCGAAAGGAGGUCGACUAUUCAGAGGGGCCCAAAACGAACCUGGGAUAUAAUAUAGGUCGGGUGGGAGAGGAGGUUAGGGGUGUAAGGGCAUGGGUUAAUGCGAGGAUG